AUGCGACGAAACUGGCCGAAUCGCCCUCGCUUGGAGCUCUUUGUCGAGCGUCUGCUGUUCCCGUUUUCGCCGACCUCCUUCGCCAUCGCAAAGCCCCCGGCUACCAUCCUCAAGCCCGGACACCCCGGUCUGUCGGCCCUGUCGUCCCCGUCUGAGGUUACAUUGCACAGCCCUGGCGUGGCGAUCCUCGGGUUGCCUACUCACGAAUGCCUUUGCGCCCCGCUGGGUACAUCGUCAGUCUCCACGCUCAACACCGCGUCGAGACAAGGAGCCUUCGAUACCACACCUCGAUGUUAUGAUGAGCCAAUAGCGGAAAUGCCGCACAUGCGCCUGACCCUUUUAUUGCAUCAUGCGGCCAGUGCUAACCACUACGAGACCCGACGAUCACACCGACUCCAAGCGAAGCGAGGAAGGCUUGAGGACUAG